AUGUUUGUCGCAGAGAACGAGCGCCGACCACAUAAUACCCACGUUCUUCUCAUAACAACAGGCAGCGUCGCAUCUAUCAAGGCCCCAUUGAUUGUCCAAGAACUCCUGAGCUAUGACAACGUAAGCGUCGAGGUCGUCGCAACCAAAGCGUCGCUUGCUUUUUUCAAGAAAAAGGACGUGGAACAUGCUGGCGCAAGAGUUUGGACGGACGAAGAUGAGUGGUCGGGAACUUUCAACAUUGGAGACCCAAUCUUACAUAUCGAGCUCCGCCGGUGGGCUGAUGUCGUCCUUGUCGCGCCCUGCUCAGCAAACACCUUGUCCAAGAUAGCACAAGGGCUUUGUGAUAACCUUGUGACGUCUCUUAUGCGAGCUCUGGCUCCAACGACGCCCACUUAUAUCUUCCCUGCAAUGAACACUCUCAUGUACGAACACCCUUUGACGGCUGAGCACAUCCGAAUAGUAAAAGAUAUUGUACAUUACAACGUCGUCGGUCCGAUAGGGAAGAACCUUGCUUGUGGAGAUGUUGGGAUCGGGGCCAUGACAGAAUGGAAAGACGUUGUCAAAAUCGUGAUAGACAGGUUCCAUUUAUCCAGAUCUAUGUCUUCGAUUUAGACUCCAGUUG